UUCGUUGCACAUUGUUUCAUGACGUUGUUAAAUUCAUCUUUCAGAAACCGUUUGCCUGCCUUAGGAAACGUUUCGUAGUCUUCAGUUUCUCUGCGUACUGUUGCGGUGAGCAGUUUCUUCGCCAGAAUGUCAUGAAAUAAACGCUAACAUAAAAACAAGAACGAUUUAUUUAUGUGCGAAACAAUCUUUUCCAAAUCUCUUCAAGUGUCGUGUCGGCCUUUGUGAGCAAGUAGAACCAGAACAAGACCGUCGAGGUUCUGUUAGUGCCCAGUUAUGUCUGCUCGCUCACAUCAUACCGUUAUUUUGAUGGAUGGCUAUGACGACGGUAUGGAUAAAGAUCCUAAAGAGCUGUACCUGACAGAUCUGGUCAGUGGCAAAGAUGCGUCCUCGUCAUCUGACUCUGGGAUAUCUACAUUAGAUGAUUUCCAAGACAUAGCCAAUGUGACGGACCUCCAUAGUUUUUUGGAUGGAGAGUUGAAAGACCUUGACUUUGGUUUAGACUUCUCAUUGACUAAGCUGGAACAGGAUGAUGUGUUUGAUUCAGAACUACUAGUGAAGAGAGAGCCCAAGUCUCCCUCACCAACACUAAGUAUUCAAUCAGGUUCUGAUGGCUACUGUCCUCAGCAGCAACCGUUGUCACCAGACUUCUUCAACUACCAGAAUGACAUCAGCAUUAAGGACGAGAGGACUCACAUGAUUCUACCAACAUGCUACACCCACCACAGCUACGACACUGAAGAACAUUAUGCACCAAGCCCGUCCUCCUUCCCACAAGAGACCUACAUCAUUGAAGCUGCUUGCUCGCCUUCUCCCAGUAUGUCCCCGUCUUCACCAUCAUCCCCUUACCAAUCCCCAUCCUCCCCACCACUCUUCCCUACCUACCUACCCAAUGUCAAGAAAGAGACAUCAAGCCCCAGCGCAGGUCACAUGCAGCCGCCUGUCUCCCCGCCGGCAGCUCAACAGAGAUACAUUGUGAUGCCCAGUCUAGCGCCAGUGAAAAGAGACUCCACGCCAGGUGUAACAAUCAUCACAUCCCAGCCAAACAUUGUCAUACAGCAAGGGAACGAAGCCAAGCUCACCACUGCCUUUAACAUAGACACCAUCUUAAAUAGUAAAAUUAAGAUUCAGCCCAAACCUGGAUCAGAGUCCAUCAGUCCACCAGCAGGUCUUCAGUGGAUUACAACCACAUCCAGUCAGGUGCCUUAUACAACCCAGUCCAUCCCUAUCAUUUCAUCCUCAUCUAUAGUAUCAGGUGUUGUCCCAGCUAUUGCUGAUGAAAAAUCAUUAAAACGAGCACAGCGGAUAAUAAAGAAUCGUGAAUCUGCUAGCUUAUCUAGAAAACGCAAGAAAGAGUACCUAAGCAGCUUGGAAGAAAGAUUGCAACAGUGCAAAGAUGAAAAUGAUAGGUUACUCAAAGAAAAUGAUACUCUCAGAAGACAAGUGGAAGUUCUACAAAAAGAGAAUGUUACACUGAAACAUCCCAGUGGGAUAAGUCCUGCCAAAAAGUUGUGCCUGCUGUGUUUUGGUCUACUUCUGACUCUCAAUCUAUCUCAAAUAAGCUUUAUGAACAAUAUAAAUACACUAAACUCUCAGCCUGGGCUUGGGGGAGGCCAGGUGAGAACUGGGCGCCACCUGCUGUCAGUAGCAGAUGAUAUAAACGUGCAAAAGUUAACUUAUGGAGGUGGUAGGAAUGACAACUGGCCGCCCACUCUGCUCAUGAGGUUAGAUGAAGAACUGAUUCUACUGGCUGAGAAACUGAACAUCACUGAAAGAUUAGGCAACAUGUGUCCCAUGUAUUUUAACUCCACUGAAUCUGUCAGGUUAGCUGAGCAGCUCAGAGGUUGGAUGAUCAGUCAAGAAGAAGAGAAAAAGAAAAAUAAGGAGAAGAAAAGACAAAAGAAAAAGAAAGACUACCCUCCAAUCAAAAAAUUUGGUACAGAUUCAUUUAAAAGCUAUACCCAAGCUGUUAGGAACAGUGAAGUUAAUGGUCCCUCGGUUAAAGGAAAUAAUUAUCCAAUCCAAAUUUUUAGUGGUGCCUAUGACUCAAGACAGCAACUGCUAAAUGCUAUCCCAAGAAGAAACGAUACAUUUUAUGUGCUCUCUUUUAGUACUGACUACUUCCUAGUACCAGCUACAGCACACAACAAGACCAUGCGACCCAGAAUGUCCCUUCUCAUGCCAGUAGUUAACCCAUCAAUCAACGAGAGCACUGGCCAGACACAGAACAGCAUUGGCAUGAUGCAGAUUGAUUGUGAAAUCCUGAACACUAAUCUCAUCCAAGUUCAACGUUCUGCUUUUCCUGAGGAUAACUUGUUUAACUCAACAGCCUAUGACAGUAAUCACAAACAGAACAGCACUAACAACAAUCAUGAGAACAACAUCCAUGGCCAGAAGCAAGAGAAACAAAAUAAAUACUGGGAUCGACUGAGGAAUUCAAAUAAACGAUAAAUUCCCACGUUAAAUUUUUUAAAGACAUGUUCCUGUUUAUUCAACUUUGGUUUAUUUUUUUAAAACUGCCCUUUUUUUUGAAAAUCAGUGGAUUCUUAUGUUUUAAACUUGCCAUUUGUUUUUUUGUUUUGGUAAUCAUUUUUAUGACAUUUGAGUUAUAUUGUUACAAAGUCCCAUAUAAUUGUAAAUAUGUAAAUAAGUCAAGGUGAUAGUCGUGAAAUCUACAAAUUAUAUCUUAUAUUUAUUAUAGUGAAAUAGAUGUCUGUUGUGGAUUUUUAAAUUGACUUAACAGAACAAUUAGUCGACAUUGACUUAUUUAAUAUUCUAAACUUGAGAAAUCAACUGAUAAUUAUACUGUUGUCAGUAAUAGAAGUAUACAUUUUCUACUUUACAAGCUUUUACCUUUAUUUGAACCUGUGUAAGAAUACAGAGCUUUAGUUCACUUCCUAAAAAAAUUUGCUGGACAAAUUAGUAUUUAAAACUUGUUUUAUAUAAACCGCAGCACAACUUUUGGAAUAGCUAACAGCCUAGGAUAUUUUGUUAAUAUCUAAACAAUGUGUGACAAGUAUGAAGUAGAUCUGUCUCACUAUGUUAAAUGUUUGUGAUAAAAUUUACUUUUCUGAGCUGAUAACUGUUAGCUUAUUUAUUGUUUAGGCUUGUGUCUGUAUCCUGACAAAGUUGUAUUAUUUUUAGUAAUGGACAUGUGUGUGAUGUUUUAUGUACAUUUUCAAAAGAAAUGUAGAACGUUUAAAGAAAUCAGGAAUCUCACAUAGACUUGAAGCCUCAUUCAGCCUUGCUGCAUCAUUUGUCUAAGCAACAUUCCACUGUGGUAGUGUUCGCAGAACUAAUUCAUGUAAACCAUUUAUGUUCAAGUGCCCUAUUGGGACCAUUGGUGGUUGUAACAGGUGAAUCAUUUUUUUUUACUUAUGAAAGACUGUUUCUAUUUAUCAUCGUUUGGUAAUGUAUGUUAACGUCAGUGUAAUGUUAUAGAUCCAAAGUAGAUUUUUUUUUACUACUGAACUCAGUUAAGUAUUUUAUAAAUGACAUUUUCAUGUAGUAUGAUGUAUUCAUUGAAUACUCAUUCAUUAUUUUGCUUUUCUAUGCACCUAGGCUGUUUUAUUAUUUAUCCAAUUUUAAAUGUUGAAUGCUUUGUUAUUUUAAUGUGGCCACCUCCCACCAUAUGACAUAUAAACUACUUUGUGCUAGAUACCAUAUCACUUUGUCGUGGUCAACUAGCUUAAAAUGGCAUAUGUCAAGUGAGUUCAAAGGCAACCUAUUUUAUUGGGAUUGCCGCUUUGAGUCGUGGUCAUUUUUUUUGUGAGUUUUGGACUACAGUACUUUGUAUCUGUUAAAGCCUUAGUGUUGUAUAGUUAAUUUAAUAUAACUUAUUUGUGAUUUGCAUAAAAUGAGAUGACUAAUGUAUUUCUACAAGGUAGAUAAAUACUAGACCUUGGCUUAGUUUGCUUAAUUGAAAUAAUUAGCAGUUAUUUGUAAAACUAAUUUCAAUGCAAGUAAAAAAAAAAAUUGUGUGCCAAAGUGUUGUUUUUAGAAUAAACCAUCUUCAUUUUUUAAAAAAUUUCAGUUAUGAAUGUUGAACAUUCACUCACCCAUGUGAAGUUUGUAAAAAAAUUUUUAAAAAAGUGUUUGUCAGCAACUUGCAUUUAUCUGGUGUUUUUUCUCCAAUCUUACAAUGGUUACAAAGUGAUCACUUUAAAGAUAAAUUGAAAAAAUUAUAGCUGUAAAAUUUUAAUAACUUGCUAUAUUUCAUAAACUUCAAUUGUAAAUAUCUAAUCUAAUACAACAUGCAUAAUAAAUGUACUCUUAUAAACAGCAUCAAUCAUUUGAGGAUUUUGCAUAAAAAAUUACAGGAGAACUAAAAUCUUGAUGGUAAAAAAAUAGAUAGAAAAAGCAUCAUUAUUUUUGGAAAUAGUGUCACUGCCCUAAAAUUGACUGAAGAAUUUAGCAGCUCCACACAAUAUGCAGGGUGAUGCAAAAAAAUUAUAACAUUUAUGUUCUGUCUUUCUAGUUUUAAGUCUUCAGUUUUUUUUUAAAGUGCAAAACCUUCAGUCAAGUUAUCCUUCAAUUUUUGUGAAACAUUUUUGUGGUUCAGUAUCUGUAUUGUAUUUUAAUUGCAUUUAACGUUAACUCUCAAUUUUUUUUCUCCUUCAUAUUGUAAUGCUUAUGAAUUUUAACUUAAUAAAAACUAUUUUUACAACU